GGGGAAAAAUGCUCGCUCUCUCUCACUCUCAGACUCUCUUUCUCUCUCUGACAUCCUUGUGUUGCGCAGGCAUCUCUCUGCACCUGGCCAUCCCCAACUCCUUCAUCCCCCACUUCGCCUCCAACCGAUCAGCUGCUCUCUCCUUCGUCUCCGCGCACCUCCUCCCUUUCCUCCCACGAACCCCCAUCCACUCUCUCUCUCUUGGCGCCGACCCCCUCUCCUCCGACCUCGCCCCUUUCCUCCUCCCGGCGCUUUACAACCUCCAGGCAGCUCUCUCCCACACCUCUCUCACACACAUCAAAGUCUCAACCACCCUCUCCUUCUCUCACAUAUCCUCCCCCUUCCCCCCCUCCUCCGCCAAGUUCCACAAAUCCAUCUCCGAAAUCCAGCCCCUCCUCGACUUUCUCUCUCUGAAUGGUGCCCCCCUCUUCGUCAACCUCUACCCUUUCUCUCUCUACCUCGACGACCCCACCAUUCCUCUGGGCUUCGCCCUCUUCCGCGAGGAGCCCUUCAGCUAUAGGAGCGACCCGAUAACUGGCAUUCGAUACCGCAAUCUCUUUGAUGCUAUGGUGGAUGCAUUUGGGUGCGCAAUGGUGAAGGCAGGACAGGAUUCGAUCCCGAUUGCCGUGGCUGAGACCGGGUGGCCUACACAAGGGGCAAAUAGUGAUGCCAAAGCGGAGGCGAGCCUGAGGAAUGCCGGGUUUUAUAACAAAGGGCUCCUGAGGAGCAUGAGAGAGAAAGGGAGGAGGAAGGUGAAGGUGGAGGAGGCCUACAUUUUCUCUCUCUUCGACGAGAACAUGAGGCCGGGGCCGGAGAUGGUGAGCCAUUGGGGGUGGCUGUACCCGAACAUGACCAUGAAGUACGACUUGGACUUCUUUGCUAGCGGUGCCUGUCGGCUUCGCCGAGGGGCAUUUUGGUCUUUUUCCAUCGUCGGCCUCCUCUUGGUGGUGGCGGUGGCGGUGGCGGUGGUGGUUUUGAACGGUUAGUAGCGUGAGGCGUUACCAUUAUCACUAUGAGGUAAGAACACGGAGGGGCAUUUCGGACUUUUGGCUGCACCCCAACUCGUGGUGCAGGGGAUGGGAUCUUGGGGGCAUUUUUUUGGUCAUUUGAACAAAAAUUUCCAUCCUGUAUACCCACCGGUAUACAACAAACACUCAAAGUCGAGCAGGGGUAUUUUUGUGAUUUUUCCUUUGUUCGUUCGUGAUUCUGAAACUUUCGGAAAUAGAGUAUUUUGGUCAUUUUGUAACUCCUGAUUCAGUUUUUCUCUCAUCAAGUACCUAAUUUCAUUACAGCCCUUCUAUUCUACCAUCACACUCACUAUAAUUUGUUGGUACUUCUAAAAGAGAUUUGAUUUUCUCAGCUUCCAAACAAAACCACUGAAAGAGAGAGAGAUUUCAUUUUGUGAGCUUCCAAAACCAUUGAGAGAGAGUCAAUUUAUGAAAGGAAAAUGGUUUGA